AUACAAGGUACUAAUGGAACGGCCUGCGCUCGAUCGACUGAGGGCAGUCUCCUUAGCCGUUCGUGUCAAGUGUUGAACAGGCUACGGAUACCUUAGUUUGCCAAGGCCAUCUUGCAUGUGACAGGGGUGAUGGCAAGAAGCUCGCAUAGCCGGUCAAUCAGCAGGCAGCUUUGCGACUCCCAUCCGAUUUGAAGGGACCCGACGUGUGCGCGCCGACUCCAACAUCGCGGCCUGGUUGGGGCUACGAUUGCAUCCCACUCCUUUCUCAGUCUCACGUCCCCGGCGCGAACUCGUUCGCCCCAGGGACCUCCCCACCAGAUCACUGCCAUGGUCGUCUACUCAUUCUACAUAUUCGACCGGCACACGGAAUGCAUCUACUCCAAGUCCUGGCUCCCGCCCAGCCACACCAGCGCUGCUAAUGGAACGACGGCGACCGCCAAGACGGCGGCGGACGAUGCGAAGCUGAUCUUCGGCACCGUGUUUUCGCUGCGCAACAUGGUGCGCAAGCUGGGCGGCGACGACGAUGCCUUCGUCGCGUACCGCACCGCCAACUACAAGCUGCAUUACUACGAGACGGCGAGCAACCUGCGUCUGGUGAUGCUGACCGACACGGCGACGCUGAGCAUGCGCAACGUGCUACACCAGAUAUAUAUCAAUCUCUGGGUUGAGUACGUGGUGAAGAAUCCGCUCUCGCCGGUCGAACACAAGGGCGGGGCCGGCGUGAGGAAUGAGUUGUUUGAGCUGGGGCUGGACCAGUUCAUUAGGGGGCUUAUGUGAACGAUCACGAGAGACGAGGAAAACGAGU